AUGAUUUCACAAUUCUCCCGUUUUGUUAAUUCAGGCGCUGGUCUGGAGAAGACCCUCCGUCUGAUCCAAUGUGUCUCGCAGGUCGUCGCAGCGCUCACCGUGAGCAGUGCUCUGGCCGUGCAAUUAACAACGGUCAAGCUGCAAUUGGCAUUGACGCGGAGAUACUUCCGCUUCUUUGGGUUUAUUGACUCCUUCCAGCGCGUGUCUGCUUUGCUGGGUAAGGAUGGGUUCAGCUCCAUAGCUGGGCUCAUUGACCUAGCCAAAUGGACCUGCUUUGGCCUUUAUUUUGUCUUGGAGGACCUGACAACGCUUCAUGCAAUGGGCGUCUAUGCAGUUUCUUGGAAUGAUCGUGUCAUGGAUCAGGCCAAUACUUUCUGGCUAUAUGCCCUCUCUUUCUCCAUAGCCGGGGUAAUCUGGGCUCUGCUGUUCGGCUCCGCACAGCAGUCCCCUAAAGAGACCAAGAAGGACCAGAAAGCCCAAUCUGGGAAGACUGCACCGGUCAAUGUGACUCCUGCCUCCGCUCUUCUUAAGAAGGCGCUGGUUGAUGGAUGUGAUCUGCUCAUUCCCUUGGAGCUUCUGGGAUGGUGGCCCACCGGAGAUGUGGUAGUUGGAUCGACUAUGAUGUUGAGCACACUGCUCACUGCUCAGGAUAUUUGGGCACAAAAAGACCAAAAAGAAAAAGAAAUGGACUCGCGGGGAAUCGAACCCCGGACCACUCCCAUGCUAAGGGAGUAUUAUACCACUAAACCACAAGCCCACUUGAUGAAUGAGGCCUCGAGAUUGUGCUAG